CUUCAUUAAAAAAAGUAGCGCCCACAUAGAUCUUCGUUCUCCCUCUUCCCCUUUGUGUGUCUGGAGGAGAGAUUGCUGGAUGCUUAAAUCUUAGAUAUGGCUUAAGCUUCCCUCAAUCUCUCUGGUCAAUUUGGUAUUUUGGGAUUAUAAAACUUUACGUGACUUGAUAGGAUUUGGAUUUUAUGUGAAGUAAGAAGUUUUGCAUAGUGGAUUGAAAUAAAAAUGUAUGGGGACUGUGAUGAGCUUGUAGGAAAUAACAUGGGAGAGCCUUUCAUGUUGGUUCAUGAGCUGCCCACAAACUUGCAGUUGCAGAACCAAAGGUCACUCUUUUCCAGUGAUGGAUUGUCUCUUGCACCGCCCAAGCGAAAGAGAGAAGAAAGCCAAAAUGCAGAGAAUAUGCAAUUGAAGAAUAGAGAGGAUGGGAAUGAGAGUAAGUCAGGAAGUGGGCACAUGGAUGGAGGGUCGGGAGUAGAUGAAGUUGCUGAGCAGCCACGGAAAAAACACUAUCACCGACAUACAACUCGGCAAACUCAAGAGAUGGAAGCAUUGUUUAAGCAGUGCCCUCAUCCAGAUGACAAACAGAGACAGAGGCUCAGCAUUGAAUUGGGUCUCAAACCACGCCAGGUUAAGUUUUGGUUUCAGAAUCGAAGAACUCAGAUGAAGGCCCACCAGGAUCGUACAGACAGGGACAUUCUACAUGUUGAGAAUGAAAGCCUCAAGAGUGAAAACCUAAUACUACGUGAAAGGCUUAAAAAGUGUACCUGUUCCAACUAUGGAGGCCCAUCUCUUAUGGGUGAAAUGACUUACAAUGAGCUUGAACGAGCAUCGAGUUGUUUAGGAGGAAGGACGAACCCCUCAUUGGCAACAAUGGCGGCGCCGCCACUGAUAAUGGGAAUGGGGAACUUGGUAAAACAGUCCACUGAUAUCAUCCCAAUGACUUCUUUCACUGAUAUGGGCAUCACUACUGGAGGUGCUUUCAUGGACACUGACAAAUCCUUAGCUGUGCAGCUUGCCAUGAGUAGUGCAGAUGAAUUGAUUCAAAUGGCACAGAUGGAUGAGCCACUGUGGUUGAAAACUAAUGCUAAUGCGGUGAAAGAGGUUUUGAAUUUGGAUGAGUAUGACAGGUUGUUUCCAUGGAGUAUGGGGCUGAGCUUCAAGCACAGCAAUAGCCUUAGGACUGAAGCCACCAGAGAUACUUCUGCUGUUUUACUCAAUGCAGGUGCAAUUGUUGAACACCUAAUGGAUGUGAAUAAAUGGAUGGACAUGUUUGCCUGCAUGGUAACUCGGGCCAAAACGGUGCAAGUUCUAUCUCACGGGCUACCAGGUCACAGGAAUGGGUCGCUUCAAUUGAUGUACGCUGAGCUGCAGGUUCUUUCUCCUCUGGUAUCCACUAGAGAAAUUCAUUUCCUUAGGUACUGUCAACAGAGGGUUGAAGGAAUGUGGGUAGUUGUUGAUUUUUCAAUGGAAGAGUUGCUCACCACUCCAUCACAGUCGCUUAUACGCUACCGUAAACGCCCUUCAGGAUGUCUGAUCCAGGACAUGCCCAGUGGGUAUUCAAAGGUAACUUGGGUGGAGCAUGUGGAGGCAGAAGAUGGUGCAGUCCAUAAAAUAUAUCAGCAGCUGGUGAGCAGUGGAAUGGCUCUGGGUGCUCACCGUUGGUUGGCUACAUUGCAAAGGCAAUGCGAGCGUCUUGCCAGCUUUAAUGCAGAAAAAGCAUCUCCCAAAGACAUUGGAGGAAUAGGUUCUCCAGAAGGAAAACGAAGCAUGAUGAGAUUGUCACAGAGGAUGAUAAACAGUUUCUGUUCAAAUGUGAGUGGAUCUAUGAGUAAUUCUUGGACGACUCUGUCUGGAUCCGGUGGUGAUGACUGUGUUCGAAUUGCAACAAGAAAAAAUACAGAACUGGGACAACCCAAUGGUGUUGUUAUCUGUGCUGCAACUUCAUUCUGGCUUCCUGUUCCUCCCCACCGAGUAUUCGACUUUCUCAGGGACGAGAAAACCAGAUCUCAGUGGGAUACUCUGUCCACCGGAAACCUGGUACAAGAAAUAGCGCACAUUGCAAAUGGGUCGCACCCUGGGAAUUGUAUAUCUCUUCUGCGUUUAAAUUCAUGCUCCACAUUAAGCCAGAAUGUAGAGUUGAUACUCCAGGAGAGCUGCACAGAUGCGUGGGGAUCAGUCAUAGUUUAUGCACCAGUAGAUGUUCUAUCACUGAAUACAGCAAUGAGUGGGGAGGAUCCUUCAUACAUUCCCCUCCUUCCCUGUGGAUUUGCCAUACUUCCAGAUAGUCCAGGAAGCAAUAGAUCACUAGUCCCACUAAGUUCAUUUCAUGAAAUAGCAGGCACAGCUAACAACAAUGGAUUGGACAGCCCUAGCACUGGAGGAUCGUUGGUAACAGCAGCAUUUCAAAUGAUUGGUAGCAAUUUGUCUGCAGCUAAAGUUCAGUUGGAGGCUGCGUCAACAAUGAACAAUUUCAUAUGCACCACAGUGCAACAAAUCAAAGCUGCUUUAAUGAGCUACCCAGAUAUAUAAAUGCACAAGCAAACUAACCAGAAGCAAUGAAGAGUUAUGAUAUCUUUCUUAUGUUUUGGUAGAAACAAACAAACAAUACGUGAUUCACAAGUUAUUCUAACUGUAAUAAAAGGAUUUGGGUAUUGUUUAGAGUAGAUGAUAUUAGGUUUAAAUGUAGUUGUUUUAGGAGGCACAAGGAAGUCAAGAACGCACCGCAGAUGCUUAAUUCCUUGCUAUGUGGUAAAGGGAAAUUGAUCAUGCAUUGCCAUUCAUACAGUUUGAAGGUGCAUGAGCUUCAUCACUUAGCAAGGGUAGUGGUUCGGGAAUUGACUUCUGCUGAGGUGAUCAGAUCUGUGUCGUACUGUUUCAGCGUUUUUUGUGCAGCUCAUCUCAUUUAUUUUGUGAUCAGAUAUCUGUAGAAUGAUUGUCCAUUGCUCGACUAUCUAUCUGGUUCUGUAGGUGACAUAUUUGGUGCUUCGUGAAUUUUGACGUGGAUUCAAAGUAUUUGAA